CUGUCAGAUGUAACAAGAGCACCCCUUCUUCUACCCUCACUGCAGCCCCCUCAGCUCUACACCCUCCAGAGUUGGAGGUGCAGGAUGCAGAGGCCUUGGAGUUACCCUGAUCCUUUCCAGGAGCAGGAUGUUGUGGAGAGGUUCAGACGGAGACAAGGCAUCCCAUUUGGAGCUGCCACAUACUAUGUACAUCUAGAGAAGCUGCGUGAAGGAUGCUGUGCAACUCUGUACAAGGGGAUUGGCAGGAUCAAAGGCCAGUUGGUGGCGUUGAAAGUGAUGAGGCUCGAGGCAGAGGAGCGAGUGCCCUUUACAGCCAUUUGGGAAGCCUCACUUCUCAAGCUUUUGAAACAUGCCAGCAUGCUUCAGGACACUAUCCAGACCAAGGAGACACCAACAUUUGUCUCUGAGUACAUGCACACAGAUCUAGCACAGUACAUGGGCCAGCAUCCUGAAGGACUUCAUUCAUGCAAUGUUAUGCUCUUCAUGUUCCAGCUUUUGCAUGGCUUGGCUUACAUCCAACAACAACACAUUCUUCACCGUGAUCUGAAACCCCAGAACUUGCUCAUCAGUUGCCUUGGUGAGCUCAAAUUAGGUGACUUUGGCCUUGCUCAUGCCAAGUCCCUGCCCAGACAGACAUACUCCUCUGAAAUGGUGACACUCUGGUACUGUCCCCUUGAUGUGUUUCUUGGAGCUACAGAUUAUUCUUCUGAUCUAGAUAUCUG